CUCAGACUAGACCAUUGCAUUGAAUGUCUUGGAAGUACUCGGAUUGAUGAGAUGAUCACUCAAUUUUUACACGUGUUGGAAACUAUGAGAAGAAAGAGGCCACGAUGAAAAAAUCCAAUACCCCAAAUCCAGUAUUAAAAGAGGGAUAAUGUCAAUACCAAACGGGACCGUAGAAACGGGCGCAAAGGACUACACCUAUGUACGGGUUUGUGCGUCGACCGUCUCCUUCAUAAUAUUGGCGUUCUUCAACAUCGUCAUUAACUGGACUAUAGUGCGCGAGGAGCGACUUCGGGGCCAUGCGCGCUUUGUGUUAGUUUUUCAUCUGUUGGUGUCAGCUCUGGUGUACUUUGGGAUGUGCUCUGUUUUCUACCUCCAGAUUUACCUCGGCGCCAGGCUGGUGGCAUCCAUCUGUGUGGCCAUGGUAACUGUCCUAAUCACCAGCGCGUCCAAUAUACUCCUGACUCUCACUGCUAUGGCGCUGGACCGUUAUUUUGCUGUCUGUCACCCUAUGAAGUACAGUUCUGUCUGGCAUUGGCCCUGGUUAGUUGGACUACUGACGUGGGGGCUCGCGCUGGUUAUUCCCCUCACUCUGCUCCCCAAGACGGAGCUGGACGCAACUGGUCCAAAUGGGGAAUGUGGACGGGAACAGCUGAAGAAAGGUGAACUGAAAAAAAUCUUGCUGAUAUCUGUGUGUACGAUAUUGAUUCUGUACAGUUAUGUAAGGAUACUGUUUGAGGGGCGAAGGUUGGGGGUGAUAAAUCGACGCAAUAGUGUCGGAUGCAAGACCAUCGCCCUGCACUUUACUCAACUCGCCGUGUACAUCCUCCCCAACUUUGUGCUAAUAGUUAUCCAGAAACAAGAACACCUUCAGUCGGGGACCAAAGAACUGUCAGCGGUGGUGAGCUUUGCCUUCUUUAGUUUGGCGCAGUGCAUAGCACCAAUCGUCUACGGUUUGCGUAAAGAGGAACUCUUGGAGCAGGUGCAUCGCCGGUUCCCUUGUUGUUCCCGCCACCUGAAAAGCGUUCUCGAGUGGACCGUGCGUGCCACGACGCCUCGUCUGCAUCCACAGCCACGGGAAAGAACAUUGACAUCCCAGACACUCAUCUCACUGGAGCCUCCACAGACACCAGUAUAAGGGAAGAGGGAGCCCUCACUACUAACUCAACUACCCCUGUAACAGACCCAUCAGUAUGUCUCCAGUGCUCCAUAGGCUGGGCUAAAUACGUUUUGUACCAGACUGAUACUGCCACCCAAAUGCCAUGGAGACGCUGGUGGAAUGGAGGGUGUAGCAACUAGACAUCGCAACACAUUUGUGAGCAUAUUGUAUAUCCAUACAGUGUGGAUUCACCCUCUUUUGCUGAUUCAUUCAUACAGUACUUGAAUGGCUCAGUCGGUAGAGCAUGGCGCUUGCAACGCCAAGCGUCGUGGGUUCGAUUCCCGCUGGGGCCACCCAUAUGUAAAAGUAGUGGCCCCAGCCGACUUGUAAGUCGCUUUGGACAAAAGCGUCUGCUAAAUGGGAUAUAUUUAUUAUUAUAUUAAUAUCCAGCAUCUGCACAAAGCUGUGAAAGUGCUUCUGUUCUACCCAGGAUGUAGUGACUUUAUAGGAAUGGGUAUCACUAUGAACAUACCGGCCCCAGACCUGUAUUAUGUUAACUGUACAGUGUCAGAGAAGAGUCCAACGAGGUUUUGACUAAUUGGACUGAAAAUAUACCGUACAAAACAGUGGCACAGCCAGAGAUUUGUUGGUGGGUGGGCCAAAAAUAUACACUACCGUUCAAAAGUUUGGGGUCACUUAGAAAUGUCCUUGCCUUUGAAAGAAAAGGGAAAAAAAUUGUCCAUUAAAAUAACCCGCAAAACACCAGUCUCAACGUCAACAGCGAAGUGGUGACACAUAAGAUGGGCAAAAGAACACAGACACUGAACUCUGCCCAGAAGGCCAGCAUCCCGGACUCGCCUCUUCGCUGUUGACGUUGAGACUGGUGUUUUGCGGUUACUAUUUAAUGAAGCUGCCAGUUGAGGACUUGUGAGGCGUCUGUUUCUCAAACUAGACACUCUAAUGUGCUUGUCCUCUUGCUCAGUUGUGCACCGGGGCCUCCCACUCCUCUUUCUAUUCUUGUUAGAGACAGUUUGCACUGUUCUGUGAAGGAAGUAGUAGACAGUGUUGUGUAGCUAGCUAACACAACAUAGUUAGCUAACACAACGUGCCAUUGGAACACAGGAGUGAUGGUUGCUGAUAAUGGGCCUCUGUACUCCCAUGUAGAUAUUCCAUAACAAAUCAGCCAUUUCCAGCUACAAUAGUCAUUUACAACAUUAACAAUGUCUACACUUUAUUUCUGAUGAAUUUGAUGUUAUUUUAAUGGACAAAAAAUGUGAUUUCUAAGUGACCCCAAACUUUUGAACAGUAGUGUAUAUAUUUUUCCUACAAUAGAGGAAAAUGUGUAGUUUUAUAGCUCAUUUCAUUCUAUUCUACACAUUUUGCCAUGAGGCUUAGAGAAAUUUUAUAGCUAAUUGAAGCAACAAGCUAAUUGAAGCAACAACGAAAAAAAUAGGUGUGUUGAUUGUGAUAAAGGCACUGGAUUAUGAGCUGUCUGGUGUGCUAAAUGAAGAAAUGAAAUAAACCGUGACAUGGUGUAUAUAUAGCCAUAGAAGCACAGUGACAUUAUGCCUCAAUGCAGUCAUAUUCGUGGCUUAUUGGGGAUGUAGCUUUCAGUUAGUUAUUUUUGGCAACCCACCCCGUGAGUGAAUGUCAUUCCAGUGAAUCUGUUUUUAUAUUUCAUCAAAUCUGACUAAAUCAGUGUUUGCUAUGAAUUGUAUCUUAUGGUGUUUGCAAGUUUAGGUAAAAAGACAAAUAAAUGUCCCGUUUGGAAACCAGACAAGUAAAGAGCAUUUUUUGCUCAAUCUCAUUGGGUGGGUGUGGCUCCCCUGCGCCAACUCCGCUCGUACAAAUCCCCCAGAAGACUCCAGAAUUGACUGCAUGAGCAUUGUGCAAUUUAGCCUAUUAUGCAAAAGUUGAUUCCUUUCAUGAUAAUUGAAGCAGCAAUUACUUUUUUUUUGUGAGAUAAAGUCAAGACAAUACGUACUACUUGAAAUGAAAAGACUCCAAUUAAUUCAAGCAGAAGCCAGAUUGAACAUUAUUGCCUACCCCCACCAUAUGGACCCGUGACAGAUUUUCAGUAAUACAAGAGUUAAUACUGUGAAUAGCAUGUGAUCUGGAGCAGUAGCAGCUCUGCGGUUGAGCUCGCGUCACUUCAGGUUGUCAGAUUUGGCGCUCACUGUACACUCAGACAAGGGGAAAUUCUCAACGGCAAACCGCAAGAGUUCCUCAUUACUGGCGCAGCAGACAGCCUACAUGCAAAAACACAACCAAACUAUGAUUCGUAGUGCACAUUCACAGAGGAUGAAGCAGGGGACAAUGUUUGGCAUCGACACAUUAUCAGUCUUCACACACCACAACUCAUUCCUGUAAUUGCCUGGUUAGGUUCAGUAAACGAGGAUGUUGAUGAGGUGAAACUAAGAUUAAGGUUCAGAUGAGUGGACUGGAGGGGUUUACCUGCUCAGACCCACAUUACACAAGGUUUUAAUCCUGGACUAUAAAGUGCUUUUAAUGAAGA